AUGGAUUCUAUCCUCUUAAAUUUCCACCGCCCAACAUCUUCUGAAACCCUAGAUUUUGGAAGAAUUGUUCAGCAUUCACCCACAUCAGUUCUCAAGCCCAACACCCCAGAAGACAUUUCUUCUUUGCUGAAAACCAUAUCUUCGUCCUCUCGUUACAACAGUCUAACAGUUGCGGCCAGAGGUGCAGGCCACUCUAUUCACGGCCAAGCCCAUGCGCUAGAUGGUAUCGUUAUAGACAUGACUAGCCUACCGAAAUGCAUUAGAAUCGGUAAAACCAAAGUGGGUAGUGAUCAAAAAGAUUGUUUCUUCGUAGAUGUUGGUGGGGGAGUUCUCUGGGUUGAGGUUUUGGUGGAGACACUGAAACAUGGUCUAGCUCCAAGAUCAUGGACCGAUUAUUUAUUCCUUACCGUGGGCGGAACGCUUUCAGUUGGUGGCAUUAGUGGGCAGACAUUUAAGUAUGGGCCUCAGAUAUGCAAUGUCCUUGAAAUGGAUGUAAUUACAGGAAGAGGAGAUAUUCUGACUUGUUCCAAAGAUCAGAAUUCAGAACUUUUUCAUGGAGUUUUAGGUGGAUUGGGACAGUUUGGGAUUAUCAUAAGAGCAAGGGUCAUUUUAGAGACCGCACCCGAGAUGGUUAGAUGUGUAAGACUGACCUACAAUGAUUUUAGUAAGUUUACUGGAGAUCAAGAGCGUCUAAUUUCAAUGAAGGAGGUGGAUUAUGUAGAGGGUUUUAUGAAGCUAAGUUGUAGCGAGAAUAAACCAUUAGAUCACUUAUCGUUUAUCCCUUCAAUUAGCGGGAGUACAGAAAGCAAUGUAGAAAGAAGAAAUGUGGCUUAUACCAUUGAAAUGGCAAUGUAUUAUAAUGGGGCAACAGACGCUCAGCAGCUGAUGGAUCAAGUAUUGUCACGAUUGAGCACUUCAGUGUCCGCGAUAAGCAGCCUUGACGUCUCCUAUUUUGAUUUCCUCAACCGUGUAAGGCAGGAGGAGCUAAGACUUCGAAGUAUUGGACUCUGGGAAGUACCUCAUCCAUGGCUAAAUAUGUUUGUGCCCAAGUCUCAAAUAACUGCAUUCCAUGACCUUCUACUUAAUGUCAUUUCUUCUACCCCUAUCAAUGGACCAAUAUUAAUUUAUCCAAUGCUCAGAUGCAAGUGGAAUCCUAAGAUGUUUGUGAUAUUGCCAAGAGAUGAUGUUGAUGGAGGGGAGUACAUAUUCUAUGCAGUAGGACUACUUCGCUCUGCAGUGCCGCCUUCAUGCCUACAGACGCUUCUUAACCAAAACCAGAAGAUCAUUAUUGCUGCAACAUCGAGACAUACUGCUCAGGUCAAUAGAACGGGAGCCGGUAACUACACAACCAGUGCAAAGGGGGAAAUGAGAUUGGAUGAAGAGAGUGAAGAGAAAGUUGUGAUGGGCACAAUUGUAGAUCAAAACCACAUGGGUGCAAAGCAAUAUAUACCGUAUUACAGAGAUGAUAGUGAAUGGAAGGACCAUUUUGGAGAACAUUGGGAAAGAUUUGUGGCACUGAAAUCUAAAUUUGACCCUUUAAAUAUUUUGAGUCCUGGGCAAAUGAUUUUCAGGAGAAAGAGAAAAGAAGUUUAACGCCAACAAGUUUCAAUUCUUAUGGUAAU